CGCGUCGACCGCCACCGAGCUGACAAUGAACGGCGACGCGUUCUCAUCGCUGGCGCUGAUCCAGCUGCCGUCUCCGUCACGAAUACUAGACGCAUCAUGCUGUCCGGACAAGGAUCUCGUCAUACUCAUAUCCCGAAUCGGUGGCCAGGAUCGCAUGAGCCUCUGGAAAGUCCAGGGACAAAAGAAAUGGGAUGUAAAUGUAGGGGCGGAGGCCUCCGACAGCGAGCAUAUCGUCGGUAUAGCCUGGAGUCCGGACGGCCAGAGUAUCGCGGUUGCGCAUGAUCCACCGCGUAUCACGUUACACUCCAUCCAGGACGGACGUGAACAGUCUUCCUUUCCCGUGGAAUGCGAUACUCGCCUCACGUCACUAUGGUGGUUCAAGGACGAGCGACCGCAGAAGAAGGCCAUCAUUCCGGAUAUCUUCAAGCGUAACGGGGUCAUCACAGGAUCCUCUUUGUAUACGUUGCGAACCCUUCCUUUGCUAGACCACCUCGCGGAAGAGUCGCAGAGCUUGACCGCGACCGAUCUCUUCGCCUUCCAGGGCAGCGCAACCAAGGCAAAACCAAAGAAGACUGUCCACGACGCGCUCGUGAACUGGCCGACCUUGGCGCAUGAUCCUGCCUUGACCUCAAUCGCGGCCAGUCCACAGGCUAAAACUCCGGGGGCGGAAAUCGAUGAUGUCGACACUGACAAUCUCGACAGCAUCCUUGCCGCCGCGGACGAGGCGGGGCACAUCUACACUCUACUCGAUGGCUGCUUUCCGAUGGGUGCUGCCUCAUACGCUUCUCCCGCGCCGUUUACCACCCUUUUCAUGCACAAGGAUCCACUCGAGCCGCUAUUGUUCCUCCAUCCGAUGAUAGUGCUGGACUCACGGCCAUGCACGGACGUGCUACCUACCACGCUAGACAUCCGACUACUCCGAGAGCGGCACGUGCGGGACUUUGCAAGGCUAUCCUCCGCGGCGCGAGAGCUCGUGCAUUAUAUGACGCGGUUGACGAAGGACAUGCGCGACGUAUGGUAUGGAGGGGAAUCCCACACAGGCGCGCGAUUACUGGGCCCCAAGUUCCUCUCUGAGUUUGAGAAGAAGCAACAGGAGUUCCGCCAAUACCAAGCUGCCGGCAUGCUGGACUUGACGCACCUGCUGGUGACGGGCAAGUGUACCGAGUCGCUAUUGGACUUCUUGGCGAGCAGUGAGCACACGAGCGACCGUGCACUACAGCGCUGGGAUUCUGCUGUGACGGAAGCACUCACGAAAUUGCGAGACACUAGCGAGAGGCGUAUCGCCCCGGCAUGCCAAAGGCUUCAUCUCAUAAUGGAGGAAGUGCUAGGAUGGUCUCACCUGCCUCAAUAUGCGCUCUUCAACCUCGAUCGCAUCGAGGUUCAGAGGUGUUUGGAUAUGAUCGGCCGAGGCCUAAUCGUCUUCAACUGGCUCGCGACUGCAGCGCGGGAGGAGCUUAUGAGGUUUAGGGAGUUCAUCUCCUGGGUACGACAUGAAACUGCGCGCGCACGGAACCCAGCAGCUACCGAACUUCCUCCCCCAACACACGACCUCCUCGAGGUCAACAACUUCAUGGAACAUAGCCUGGCAGGAAGCGUCAUUGACGGAUGGUUUAUCGGCGGUGCACCGAGUUUUCCGCCUUUCGAGAUCGGGAUGCCAGCACAGUCGUCACUAACCUCGGUGCUGGCGCGCGCUCGCAAGGCGGCAAGCGACCCCAACUUCGUCGCGAUCGGUUUGCACAUCGAGCGCCUGGACCAUCGCAAGAUGGAGCGCAACGUGAGCGUGCUCGUGGACGACAUCGCGGCGAGCUGCUCCAAAAUUUUCGCCACUGGGGCAGGGGCCGCCUCGCGCUCAAGCGUGGCCGUGCGCGGACAGCAGGACGCCGGAGAGGCGCAGCCGACUCCGGCGCUGUCCGGGCAUAUGAGACACGCGUUCACGAAGGAGCGGGUGAUCAGGCGGGAAGAAGAUCAGGGCGGGGGGCAGGUGCAGUAUCUGGCCAUGGGUCUCUGUGCUGAGGACCGGUCCGCGCUAUGCGUGGUGCGGCAGCCGUACGCGGCGGGGAGCGCUGCGCCCCCAUACAACUUCGAUGUCGCGGUGCUGUCAUGCACCACGGCAGACGGUCCUGCAUACGAGUUACUCGAGGGGGACUUUUUCGACGACCAGGACAUGUUGAUCGUUGUGCGCACACCAGAAGCUGUCUAUUUAGCGAGUGUCGGCUACCAUGACUUAGGUUAUCAAACGCUAGCGAUACACGGGGCUACGAGCCGCGAAAAUCUGGCGCUGGAGGUGAUGGGACGCUGCGAGGCAGGAGAGAUGGCCGCGGUGGAGAUGCCGAUCAAGAAGAGUCGGCGGCUGGUAGGAUGUCGAUCUGGCGCGGUAUCGCUUGCGGUGAACGGAAGACCAAACCGGAGAGUUGCGUGUGUUCUAGACGGGGCAGGGACGAAGAUGGAGUGCAUUGAUGUGGAGGGUGACGAGGAUGAAGAAGAUGAAGAAGGCGAAGAGGAGGCAGAGGGGCAGGGGGAGGAGGAGGGGUCCAGCUCGAUGAUGGAGGGGGAUGAGACAUGAUCUUUCGUUCAUCUCGGGGUCGGGCCGAUCGGUGUAGUCGGUAGAUAUCGCGGACCUCACGGCGUCGAGUACGAUAAAAUGUGGGGUCAUGCAAUUUGGGUCCGCGGACCUUUUGGCUGGUUUGGGACGUCCGAAAGUGGCAGGACGGUUGUGGACUUGCGGGGAGGUUUG